AGGAGGAAUGGGACCUCUGCUUUGAUUCAGUCUCACUGGAGAGGAAUGGGACCUCUGCUUUGAUUCAGUCUCUCUGGAGAGGAAUGGGACCUCUGCUUUGAUUCAGUCUCUCUGGAGAGGAAUGGGACCUCUGAUUUGAUUCAGUCUCACUGGAGAGGAAUGGGACCUCUGCUUUGAUUCAGUCUCACUGGAGAGGAAUGGGACCUCUGCUUUGAUUCAGUCUCACUGGAGAGGAAUGGGACCUCUGCUUUGAUUUGUGAUUAACUCAAAGCUACCAUGUCUACUGGAGACGAUCUUCUCUCAUCACAACAAUGCUGGGGGUUUAAUAUCACAUCGAUCAGCAGAGGAUCUGUUAUAUCUGUCUGAUAGAUGAUCAGCAGGGUAUCUGUUAUAUCUGUCUGAUAGAUGAUCAGCAGAGUAUCUGUUAUAUCUGUCUGAUAGAUGAUCAGCAGAGUAUCUGUUAUAUCUGUCUGAUAGAUGAUCAGCAGGGUAUCUGUUAUAUCUGUCUGAUAGAUGAUCAGCAGGGUAUCUGUUAUAUCUGUCUGAUAGAUGAUCAGCAGGGUAUCUGUUAUAUCUGUCUGAUAGAUGAUCAGCAGAGUAUCUGUUAUAUCUGUCUGAUAGAUGAUCAGCAGGGUAUCUGUUAUAUCUGUCUAAUAGAUGAUCAGCAGAGUAUCUGUUAUAUCUGUCUGAUAGAUGAUCAGCAGGGUAUCUGUUAUAUCUGUCUGAUAGAUGAUCAGCAGGGUAUCUGUUAUAUCUGUCUGAUAGAUGAUCAGCAGAGUAUCUGUUAUAUCUGUCUGAUAGAUGAUCAGCAGGGUAUCUGUUAUAUCUGUCUAAUAGAUGAUCAGCAGGGUAUCUGUUAUAUCUGUCUGAUAGAUGAUCAGCAGGGUAUCUGUUAUAUCUCUCUGAUAGAUGAUCAGCAGGGUAUCUGUUAUAUCUGUCUGAUAGAUGAUCAGCAGAGUAUCUGUUAUAUCUGUCUGAUAGAUGAACGUAAAGACCAUGAUGAUCCAGUCUCAGCCAGAGCAGAAAGGACUGAGAAACAGGGAUGCAGGAUAUCUCAAUGUGUCCUCUGCAGGCAAGGAUUUGCACACUGCACACACAGAACCAGGAAGUUUCGUAUUACCCUUGUGGAGGCCACUCCUCUUCCUCUGCACAAACAAGGAAAUCGAAAGUUAUCUCUGAUACUCCUCUGCGCCGUUUGUUAGUGAGUCAAAAUGGCAGAGGCAUUUUUUGAAGAUCGGGAUUCAUUUAGCUGUUCGAUCUGUCUGGAUAUACUUAAGGAUCCGGUGACUAUUUCCUGUGGACACAGCUACUGUAUGGGCUGUAUUGAGGGCUGCUGGGAUCAGGACGACCUGAAAGGUGUUUACAGCUGCCCAGAGUGCCGACAGACCUUUGUCCAAAGGCCUGUUCUGAAGAGAAACACGUUGCUGGCUAAAGUGGUGGAGAAACUGAAACAUACUGCUCUUCAUGCUGCUCCUCAUGCUGCUCCUCCUGCUGCUCCUCCUGCUGCUCCUCCUGCUCACUGUUAUGCUGGACCUGGAGAUGUGGAGUGUGAUUUCUGCACUGGGAGAAAACACAAAGCCCUCAUGUCCUGUCUGGCGUGUCUGGCCUCUUACUGUGAGACUCACCUCCAGCCUCACUAUAAUUUCCCUGCCUUAAAGAAGCACAUGCUGGUCAAAGCCUCCACACAACUACAGGAGAAGAUCUGCUCUCAACAUGACAAACUGCUGGAGGUUUACUGUCGUACCGAUCAGCAGUGCAUCUGUUAUCUGUGUACCAUGGAUGAACAUAAAGGCCAUGAUACAGUCUCAGCUGCAGCAGAGAGGACUGAGAAACAGAAGCAGGUGGGGGAGAAGCAACAGAAAUCCCAGCAGAGAAUCCAGGAGAGAGAGAAGGAGAUGCAGGAGCUGAGACAGGCUGUGGACUCUCUGAAGCUCUCUGCACAGGCAGCCGUGGACGACAGCGAGAGGAUCUUUGCUGAGCUGAUCCGCACCAUGGAGACAAGGGGCUCUGAGGUGAAGGAGCUGAUCAGAGACCAGGAGAAGGCUGAAGUGAGUCAGGCUGAAGGCCUCCUGGAGCGACUGGAGCAGGAGGUGGCUGAGCUGAGGAGGAGAGAUGCUGAGCUGGAGCAGUUCUCUCACACAGAGGACAACAUCCACUUCCUCCAGAGGUUCAAAGACCACAGUGCCCCCCCUGUUUCUGAAGAGAUGCCUGCCAUCAUCCUUAAACAAAGUCAUGAUUUUAAGAUGGUGAUGACCUCUGACCUCCAGGAACAGCUGCUGCUCUGCUGUAAGGAGGAAGUAGUGCAGAUAUCAGCAGCAGUGAAAGCUGUCCACAUACUGCAGUCAGCAGAGCCAAGCACCAGAGCAGCAGCACCUGGACCACAGUAUCACGGAACGUAUUAUAGAGAAAACCCUUUUCAAAAAUUUUUGGAUCAAAGGAGAAUAUGUGUUCAUUGUCACAAGGGAAAAAUGUGUCAUGGCCCCAUGGGUAAAUGUCCCUAGUUAUAUUAAGGAGCGAUAAUACUAUUCUCAUCUUGUAGAUAAACUGUGUCCUUAAAAGGAGCAGGAGAGAGUGUGUGUUUGUUGUGUGUCACAGUAUCUGUAUAUUCUGAAAUGACAUGUGAAGUCACACACACCUUAACUCCACUCACCUUCACCAUCUAACGUAGACUUAAAGCCAGUGGUGUAAAAAUACUUCAAAGUACUUAAGUAGUAGUUGUUUUGGGUAUCUAUACUUUACUGUUUAUUUUUUUGACAACUUUCACUUUUACUUCACUAUA